ACGACGAAGUUUGCUCGACGACUGUUCGCGACGAUAGAUUUAUUUCUAUCGCCGCGGUCAACGGCAACGACAAAAAAAGGCCAUGAUGACCAUACUUUAAAAGUUAUCGUAAUUUUUGUUUAAAAGUAAAAUAAUACACCUUAUAUUUUUCCAUCAGAGAUUAAUCUAGUAAAACGUAAGUUUACUAGUAGUUAUAUUUAAAGACUAUUUCUAUAUUUUAAACUUCUUCUUGCUGGUAUUUUCCCUCUUCGUUGUAAAAGCUUCCUUCUUGAAACAUGGUCACCUUAUCAGCUGACAGCAUUCAAACCGCUCGAUACCGCUCUAUUUGUGUUUCAGUAAGCGAAUUAGCUGGGCGAAAGUUGGUCGUUGGCAUCGCUCUGCUGGGCGAAAUUUGCCGUUCGCCAGAAACCAGUUAUGGGACGUGCGAGACACCUGGCGGAACGUCUGGUGAUUGCAUUGUAAUACAAUUAUGCACAAUUCUAUACAAUCUGGCUAUGAAAUCCGAUUUAAAAGACGAUGAACUAAUUUUUUUAAGAAACAGUCAAUGUGGAAAGAUUGGAAAAAAUCCUUUGGUUUGUUGUCCGAAGCCUGUUUUUGAGAGUCCCACUGAAAAAAUAACAGAUAAUGCUUGUGAAGCACCAAAUGGAAUAAAAGGAAAAUGCGUAUCCAUAAGAGAAUGCAACACUUUAUUACCGUUAAUCAAAGAUAACCUAUCGGCAAGUGAAAGAAAUUUUUUAACCAGAAGUAUGUGCGGAAAAGGAUUUGCUCAGAUAUGCGACAAUAAAAUGAGAAUCCGCUACGUGAAUGCGCAGUAUCCUGGCAGCAACCAUGAUUCUCAUAUAUGGAAUGUCAGCAAUGCGCGAUAUUUUUUUGAGAAGAAGUACCAAGAUGGUGAACGAAACACAUGGCUUUUGGGAGACGCUCGAUACGCCCUGGAGCCAUGGCUAAUGACACCCUUCCGAUCACCUCCAUCAGGAAGUCCUGAAGAUGCCUUCUGGGUGCUCGUGAGCUUCAUUAUGAACCCUCGAAAGUAUGUCAACCAUGAGCUUUCUUCAUCAAGUUAUAAUGAUGCGGCUUCACAGAUAAGACAAUCUAUAUCUAGAACACUAACACGAAUAUAAAUUUCAAGAUAAAUUUAUUUAUAAGUUUACUUACUUUUUUUAGUAGUUUUCACUUAAAUUAUAGGUCGAUCUUUAACCAAAACUCCAUAUAUAAAGUACUAAUACCACUACUACUAGAAACUACAUAUAUAUGUUUUAUGCGUUAUAUGGGCGGGUAAAUAUUAAACAAUCUAAGUAUGAGUUAUUAAUGAAAUAUCGUUUAAAUAAACGUUUAUGAAAAACUUCUUUUGGAAAUUUUUAGUAAGUUUAUGUUCAUACGUUUAUAAACAACGUUUUUUGAACCUUAAUUAUAAGUUUCUACUUAUACGCUUAUAAAAAGCUUUCUUUUGUGCAUUUAUUAUAUGUUUAUAUUUUGUGGUCAUAAGAAAUAGCCGCCUAAAUCGACUUAAGAAAGAAUUGAGUUAUAUAUGCUAUCGCGGUCUGCAACUACUAUUCCAUGUUAAGGAAUAACAAGGUAAACAUUACCAUCCAAAUGUUAAAACGUUUUUUCUCGAAUUCAGGUUUUUCGACUUAGGCGGUGAUUGCUUAUGACCACAAAUUUAUACGCUCAUAAAAAUCUUUCUUUUGGACAUUUAUUAUAAGUUUAUAUUUAUAGGCUUGUAACCAAGGUUCCAUUUCUAUUAUAUUACACUUACUUCCAAGCGUUUAUAAACAAAAAAUUAACGUUUUGUAAGCUUAAUGUUUAUAAUUGUAAACUUAAAAAAAAGUUUCUUUAAAGUUUAUUUUGCUUGUUGGGAAUGAUACAAACCAUGGAUGACAAGAAAGAUCAAUUUUAAUACAAACAUUCGUUGUUUUCAAUGAAAUUAGUGUAUUUAUUUAUUUCUUGACAAUAUUUCUAAACUUCGCUGCUCUACCUCCAGCAUUUGUUUUUUUAUGUCAUUUUU